CCUCCCCCGAGCGCGGCCGGGAGGCGGCGGCUGCGCCGAGGAGGAGGAGGAGGAGGAGGAGGCGAGGCCCGAGGAGGCGGCGGCGGAGGCCGCGCGGAGGCGGAGGAGGCCGCGCGGGAGGAGGAGGCCGCGGCGCGCGAGCAGGAGGCCGGCGGGGGAGCGGCAUGAGCCGAGCGCGGCGGCCGCGGCGCCUCUCGGCCGCGCUCGGUGCCCAUUGACAGCGGCGGCGGCGGCUCGCUCCAAGAUGGCCGCUUGGCUCGCAUUCAUUUUCUGCUGAACGACUUUUAACUUUCAUUGUCUUUUCCGCCCGCUCCGAUCGCCUCGCGCCGGCCGCUCUUUCCGGGAUCUUUUAUCAAGCAGAAAUGCAUCGAACAACCAGAAUCAAGAUCACUGAGCUAAAUCCCCACCUAAUGUGUGUACUUUGUGGAGGGUACUUCAUUGAUGCCACUACCAUAAUAGAGUGUCUACAUUCCUUCUGUAAAACAUGUAUUGUGCGUUACUUGGAGACCAGCAAGUAUUGUCCUAUCUGUGAUGUCCAAGUUCACAAAACUAGACCACUACUGAAUAUAAGGUCAGAUAAAACUCUUCAAGAUAUUGUAUACAAAUUAGUUCCAGGGCUUUUCAAAAAUGAAAUGAAGAGAAGAAGGGAUUUUUAUGCAGCUCAUCCUUCAGCUGAUGCUGCCAAUGGCUCUAAUGAAGACAGAGGAGAAGUGGCUGAUGAAGAUAAGCGAAUUAUAACUGACGAUGAGAUAAUAAGCUUAUCUAUUGAAUUCUUUGAUCAGAGCAGAUUGGAUCGGAAAGCAAGCAAAGAGAAGUCUAGGGAAGAGGUGAAUGACAAAAGAUAUCUAAGAUGCCCAGCAGCAAUGACUGUGAUGCACUUGAGAAAGUUCCUCAGGAGUAAAAUGGAUAUACCCAAUACUUUCCAGAUUGACGUCAUGUAUGAAGAGGAACCUUUAAAGGAUUACUAUACACUAAUGGACAUCGCCUACAUUUACACCUGGAGAAGAAAUGGCCCACUUCCUCUGAAAUACCGCGUUCGGCCAACCUGUAAAAGAAUGAAGAUCAGUCACCAGAGAGACGGACUGACAGAUGCUGCCGAGCUGGAGAGCGACUCUGGGAGUGACAAGGCCAACAGCCCAGCGGGAGGCAUUCCCUCCACCUCCUCGUGUUUGCCCAGUCCCAGCACUCCCGUGCAGUCUCCCCACCCACAGUUCCCUCACAUUUCCAGUACUAUGAACGGAACCAGCAACAGCCCCAGUGGCAGCCACCAGUCUUCUUUUGCCAGUAGACCUCGAAAGUCAUCAAUAAAUGGGUCAUCAGCAACUUCAUCUGGUUGAGUCAGAGACUGUUAUGGAACAUAUUUUUCAACCCCCUGAUUUAGAUACCUUCAUCCAUUACAGCUUUAUAGAUGCACAUACAUGUGACUGUCGUCCAGUUUGCUUUCUUUUGUAGUGACAUUAAAUUUGGCCAUAAAAGAUGGACUAGAUGUGAUACUUCAUAUGGAUGUUAAUUGAAAGGAAAGAGUCUGUAAAGAAAUGGAUUCUGAGAAGGCAGGCAAGAUUGUUUCUGUGUUAGGAAAGAUGUGAAAUGUUUGGAUUUGGAGAUGUUCUGCAGUGGGCCAUAGUUUGUUAAUCUCAACUAAUGCCUACAUUACAUUCUCUUUGAUUGUUCUUGUUAUUAUGCUGUUUUGUGAACCUGUAGAAAACAAGUGCUUUUUAUCUUGAAAUUCAAAAAAUGGAAAGAAUAAGCAUAGAAUAAGCAUUCUAUGUAGCCAUGUCACUGUGAAUAACAAUUUCUUGCAUAUUUAGCCAUUUUAAUUCAUGUUUGAUUUUUACUUCUCUGUUGCUACACAAAAUGAUCAAAAGAGACUUCAGUUUUACAAUCUGUAUGCCUGAAAUGCGGGUACUACCAUUUAUUUUAUGACUUGCUUAAAGGAUUCGCUUUUGUAAGAAUCCGAUGGCAUUGUGCUUGUUGUACGAUGCCGCAUUGGUGUACGACAGAGCAGGAAACAGUGUUGUAUGAUAUAUUUAUAAAUACUAUAAAAAGAUUGUGUUUCAUGCGUUCAGAAACAGUUGUUAAAAUUCCCCAAACUGGUUCGACCUUUGCAGAUGCCCACAGCGCACCCUGUGUUGAGGCUUGCCACCAGCACAGAAUUUGUUUUUAAUGCUGAGGGCUAGUUUGAAAUCCUUUCCCACUUGGAAGCAAAUGGCAGGUCAUCAUAGUUCUGGCUUUUCUCCAAUAAUACUUUCAAAAUUAAUGUUGCAGUGAAGAAAAAUUUUAACCAAGGCAAAUGAAAAUAGUGUUUUAAUUUUUCAUUGGUUAAGAUAAAAUUACGGUGUUUUUAAAUACUAUUUAUCACUGGAAUUCUAAAAUAGAUUUUUUAAGUCAACCAGCUAAUUGCUGAAGUAAGGCAUUUUAUCUACAAUUAUUUUAGUGUAUGUGGCAUAAUAGUAAUUUCAAAAUUAAAAGUUGUUUUUAUAGUUACAGGAAUCUGCCUUUUCUGUAAUGUCUGGAAAUAGAAGCAAUUUAUUAUGAGUUUCUACAGGUAUUUUUAAAUAGAGCAAAUAUGUUGAAUUUAAAAUAUGAAUGACCCCACCAAUUCUCAGUUUUGCUUUGGUCGAACUUAGUGUGUGUUUAUCACCAUCAGUUGUUUGUAAGGAUGUUUAUUCUAUAUGAAUAUUGUUUCAUGUUUGUAUGGGAAAUUGUAGCUAAGCAUUUCAUUGUCUCCAGUUUGCAAAAGAAGCACAAUUCUAUUGCUUUGUCUUGCUUAUAGCCAUUAAAUCAUUACUUUUACAUAUAUUGCUGUUACUUCUGCUUUCUUUAAAGAUUCAGUAAAUGUUUUAUGAAGCCACAAAAUACAUAUAUUUUUAUUUUGACCUGAAUUUGUACAGUCCCAUUGUGUGUGUCGUUUCUAAAUAGAUGUAAAAUUAAAUUUCAUUUUUAAUUGGAAAAAUUCAAUAAAAUGAUAUUCAUUUAGAAAA